AUAUAUAUACAUCGUAUUUGCAAUCUCCAUAGUUGUAGUCAAAAAAAAAUUUAACAGUCCACUGAAAGAAGACCACCUGGUGUGUGUAUGUGUGUGUAGGGAAAAAAAAAGAAAAAAAAAAGAAAUCAACCAUGAAUCCAGAGGAGUCUACCACUACGCCGUUGCUGCAAAACCCUGACACAAACGGUCAUGUUUCGUCGAACUUGCCGUCGGAGGAAAUGGAAAAGGUUUUGGAGAACAAAAGGGCAGUGCCGAUCCGAUGGUGGACCAAAUUGGUUAUUUGGGAAUCCAAAACCCUUUGGCAACUCUCUUGGGCAUCCAUUAUUGUCCAAGUAUUCAAUUACAUGCUCUCCUUUGCCACACUUACGUUCGUCGGCCACCUCAACGCUUUAGAACUCGCCGGCGCUUCUGUCACCAACGUUGGAAUUCAAGGUCUUGCAUAUGGUAUUAUGCUUGGGAUGGCAAGCGCUGUACAAACAGUUUGUGGGCAAGCUUAUGGAGCAAAGCAGUAUGGAGCACUGGGAAUAAUAUGCCAAAGGGCAAUCAUUUUGCACCUAGGAGCAGCUAUUCUACUAACAUUUUUUUAUUGGUUUUCGGGGCCAAUAUUGGUUGCCAUAGGCCAAACAGAGGCUAUAGCAGAGCAAGGUCAAAUUUAUGCACACGGAUUGAUUUUCCAGAUUUAUGCAUUUGCUUUGAGUUGUCCAAUGCAGAGGUUUCUCCAAGCUCAGAAUAUUGUAAACCCUUUGGCUUAUAUGGCUGUUGGGGUUUUCGUUGUCCAUGUUGUCCUCACUUGGUUGGUGGUUGAUGUGCUUCAAUAUGGGCUUAUUGGAGCUGCUCUGACUCUUAGCUUCUCUUGGUGGUUGCUUGUUAUUCUUAAUGGGCUUUAUAUUCUUUUUAGCCCUUCUUGCAAAGAAACUUGGACUGGAUUCUCUUGGAAAGCCUUUAAAGGAAUCUGGCCUUAUUUUAAGUUGACUCUUGCUUCCGCUGUCAUGCUCUGUUUAGAGAUAUGGUACAACCAAGGGCUAGUGCUUAUAUCAGGGCUGCUACCUAAUCCUACAAUCUCCUUGGACUCUCUCUCAGUUUGCAUGAACUACUUAACUUGGGACAUAUGUUUUAUGUUGGGCAUAAGCACAGCAGCCAGCAUUCGGGUGGGUAAUGAGCUCGGGGCAGGCAAUCCAAAAGUGGCAAGGUUUUCAGUGUAUGUAGUAACAGGGACAAGCACAGUGAUUAGCAUAGUGUUCACAGCAAUUGUAUUAAUAUUCCGUGUACAAUUAUCCAAGCUAUUUAGUAGCGACGCUGCUGUUAUUGAAGCUGCCACUAAUUUGGCCCCAUUGCUUGCCAUUUCUGUUUUGUUGAAUGGGAUACAACCUAUACUCUCAGGAGUUGCCAUCGGCAGUGGAUGGCAAGCUGUAGUGGCUUAUGUGAACCUGGCUUGUUACUACAUUAUUGGUCUUCCCAUUGGAUGUGUUCUUGGCUUCAAAACAAGUUUAGCAGAAGCAGGUAUCUGGUGGGGAAUGAUCCUUGGAGUCCUUUUACAAACAAUAACUCUGAUUAUUCUCACUGCUAGAACAAAUUGGAAUGCUGAGGUUGAAAAAGCCGCUGAUCGAGUUCAGAAUUCUGCAAAUGAGAACCUAGAUUUGAUUGUCAGCGUAUGAAGGAUACAAUUAUCAAUCUUUUGCAUUAUUGUAUGAGCAAAGAGGCUAAUUUACCUAUAGAGAGAGAUAGGUUUCUUCCUACCUUUUUUUUUUUUUUUAUUUGUCAGAAAACAAAUAAAAUAUCAAUGCUAGCUAAACGAGAUCAUCUAAUGUGAAAAAAUCAAUUCUUGUUUUUGUUUCAA